AUGACGGCGCUGUCGUCCUCGGUCGCGUCCGCCGCGAGGAUCACCCCCGAUGAUGGGCCCAUCGGAGGAUUAUUAACAGUACGUAGGAUCUCCGCGCGGCAGAGCGCGACCGUCGCGGCGCGACCCGUCGUCGUCGCCGCGCGCGCGUCGCGCGCGCCGGGCUCGAACCGCGUCGGGGCGACCCCCCCCACGCGCGGGCGGCGCGUCGUCGCGAGGAUGGGAAAGAAAGAAGACGCCGCGAAGCGAGCGCUCAUGGGCGCGUUCGGGGACAAGCCGGACGCGCUCGCGGAGAACGACAAGGGCGGCUUCUUCGGCGGCGGCGGGCUCUUCGGCAACGGCGGCCGCGGCGGCGGCGGCGGCGGCGGGAAGUGGUUCGGCGGUCGAUGGAAGCCCCCGGACUGGAUGCAGUCGAUCGGGCCGCUCGGGACGCUCAUCGCGUUCCUCGUCGUCUACUGGCUCUUCAAGCCCAUCACCGCGAUUCUGGUGAACCUGGUGUACUACGUCAUGAAGUGGCCCACCGGACGCGAGCCGGGGGCGAUGCAGGAGGAAGCGAAGGAGAUCGCCGCGGACGCGGACAUCAUCGCGCGGUACGGCGGCGCGGACGACGAUGAGGACUUCGACGACGACGACGACGACGACGACGACGACGACGACGACGACGAGUGA